UAUUGACAAUCAUAUAUUUAAUGGUAGGCUUAUGGAAACAAAAAGAAAUAACAAAUUUAUUGUAAAAAUUUAACUAUGAUCCAUUGCACUGCAUCACUAUCCUCUAAUCAACACUAAUAUAUAAAAUGUAAUAAAUGCAUAGUUAUAUAAACUAUUUUUUAUUUUUGUGUCUAAAAAAUCAAAUAUAUUGAUUUUAAAUAUGGCUAGUUAAAUAUCACUUUUCUGUUUUAUUUUUUUUUAUUGCUUAUCUCUUUCUAAAAUCGUUCGUUCAUCGCUGUCAAAUUUGACAUUGACGUUUCUCGCAACUGUUCUAAACGGAUAGUUGGGUAUUUUUAUUAUUCACAUUGUUUUUUCUGCAAAACCUUUUUGAUUUUGCAUCCUAAAAAAUGGUGUCUUGGAGCAACUUCUCACGUCCAUUGACGGCUUUAUCACAAUAUCGGAACAUUUUACAGUCACCAGUUUGCCGAAAUGCCGUUCAGCAGCAGAUACGGAAAUCCGGACAUGACCACCAUCAGUUUACAAUACAGCCUUCUCGAUUCCAGUGGAACAAAUUCAAAGAUUUGUUGCACUUUUACGUUAUGAUCGGUCUUAUUCCUAUUACAGGAAUUGUUUUGUAUACCAACAUUUUCAUUGGCCCAGCUCAGCUGACCGAGAUUCCAGAAGGCUACGAACCCAAACAUUGGGAAUAUCAUAAGCACCCAAUUUCUCGCUUUAUUGCUCGUUACAUCUAUCCUUCUCCACAACAAGAAUACGAAAAAGCAUUGCACCAUAUUUAUGAAGAAAAUGAGAAAGCUAUGAUAAGACAACUUGAGAAAGAAGUGCAUGAAAAAAUGGCUGAACGCAACGAUUACAAAGCCUAUUAUUACAGACCUGCCAUCGCCAAAUAUCAUAGAAUUUCUAAAGAGGCUGCCGAUCAUUUGGAAUCAAUAAGAGGAAAUUAAAUUUUUUAAAUCGUUUUUUUUUUUUGUAAAAAACGGUGAUUAACUGUACGACGUACUGAUCCAAUUGGUAGUUAAAAUAAAAGCAAUUUGUGGCUCUUAAACGAAUUUUUUUAUUCAUAUAAAAAUUAAUUAUACAUUACAUAUAUUACUAGAUAUAGAUACACUCAUUGUAAUUAUAAUAUGUACAUAACACAGACUACGAUAGUCCAUCUAUAUUGUAUUGAUUUUUCAACCCCAAGCCUGGUUCUUGCAAUAAUAAAGAACAAGUUUCCCAUUA